CCCAAUACAGCGGCUCAGGCUCUGCUCCUGGGAGUGUGCACUCCGACUGCUCCAGGAAACCCCAGCACUUCCCUCUGCUCUCCUCCUACCUGAUAGACAGCAUCUUGGGGCGAAAUGGCCCAUCCGUUCGACGAGAAGAUGUCCCCCCAUCUCCUCCCAGAACCAGAAAGCAACUGGAGACCGAAAUGGUGAUGGAUAUCCAGGAGUCCGGGAGGGAAUCGUUUCGAGAGGAUGCGACGGUUGAAGCUGAGGAUCGGUUCACAGAAAGAGCGACUCGCGGAAUGGACGCGCGGCGCCACUCCGACCCGAGUCCUCCUCGGGUCAGGGACCGGUCUCAGAAGCCUUCCACCGACCCGGCGGUGACGGGACGCAGCCGAAGACCGGGCGAGAGCGAGAGGGCCCGGGAGGCGCUGGGAGACGCUCCCGCGCCCUUGGAGAGGGCCGAGUCGGACGACGACGACGACGGCGGCGUCGGCGCGCACCCGGAGCCCAGAGGGAGCGACGCCCGGUGUCGGGACGGGGCGGUUGACCGCUUCGCAGCCGUUCGGGACCGGGAGGAGGGUCCGUCCAAACGAAAGCAGCGGCGCUACCGAACCACUUUCACCAACUUCCAGUUGGAGGAACUGGAGAGGUCCUUCAGGAAGACCCACUACCCGGACGUGUUCACGAGAGAAGAUUUGGCCAUGCGCCUCGAUUUAACAGAAGCCAGAGUACAGGUUUGGUUUCAAAACCGUCGGGCGAAGUGGAGAAAGCGUGAAAAGGCAGGAAACCUGAGUCAUCCCCACGGCUUGUCCUUGGCCAGCCCACUGGGGCUGUAUCUGGAUGUGCCUUUGAGUCAUUCGUCUGGUCUGGAGCCCACCUGGCGAUCAGCUGCUCUCCCUGCACUGAAUGCACCCACAGCUGCUCUCAGCCCAGCAGCCCAACUGGGCAUCAGCACCUUCAUAGGGGCCACCUUCUUCAGAAACCCACUCCUCAGCCCGCACUUUGGAAGAUUCUUCGCAGCUAUGAAUCCACUAAUGGCAACGUCUGUAGUUGUUAAACCCCCAGUUCCUCCUCUGGACCCUGUGGCCUUCACUGCUCUCCCCGAGCCAUCUGCUACAGACAGGAAAACAUCCAGUAUUGCUGCCCUGAGACUCAAAGCGAAAGAACAUGCAGCACAAAGCCCACAGAUCGGUAUCAGCUCUAACCUAGGCAAUGCCAGCAAGGAGAUCUGCUAAACUAGUCAACUGAUUGCAAAUAACUAUUAUCAAUGGUCACACAUGCUUUUACUGCUCGGUCCCAAUAUCAGAGGGUUGAUGGAGGGAAAUCAAGACACCAUGAAACUCAAAAAUCAGUUUGAACCUGAAUACAUUUUGAAAGUUUUAUUUGUGACCAUGAUGUUUUGUUUCAUAAAUUGAGUUUAAAUCUUACAGUAAA